UUAUAUAACACACACUACAAUACUCUCUCUCUCUCUCUCUCUCAUUCAAGUGAGUUGUCAAAAGGUAAAAAUAUACAGUUAUUGGGGAUCUUUAGCAAGUAAAUAGAAUCACUUGUUUGUGAAGCAACAUAUUGUGUGAAUCCCAAUAUUUUUUAGGGUUUUUUCUUGCUUCUGUUGCUUUGUAGGGACCCUUACAUAAACACACACAUACAUAAUAUACAUACACACACACGUAUGCAUAUAUAUGUGUAUAUAUAGAUAUAUGCAAUCAUGUUGUAUCAUGCUUUCAAACUGUAAAACAUCUCUCUCUCUCUCUCUCUCUCUCUCUCUCUCUCUCUCUCUCUCUCUCUCUCUCUCUCUCUCUCUCUCUUUGUCUUUGUGUCAUUCAACAACAAACCAUCAUAAUCAUCAUCAUCAUAAUGAAGGGAAGAUUGUGUAGGGUUGUUAUGAUAAUGAUGUGUAUAAUGAGAGGAAUUAACAGCAGGCCUUUAGGACCAAAUGAUGGCCCUCCAACUUUGUCCCCUACAAAACAAGGCACUAAAUCACAAGUUAUUUCCUCUCAAUUUAGCAUGCCCUUCAAGUCAGUGUCAAAUUCAAGAUUUUUGACAAAGGAUGAAGAAAUGAUAAAGAAUGAAGGAGGGAUUGAAAACAGGAUUGGAUCAAGACCACCAAGUUGUGAACACAAGUGCUAUGGGUGUAGCCCAUGUGAAGCCACCCAAGUGCCCACAACAAGCCAUGUGGGAAUCCAGUAUACAAAUUAUGAGCCUGAGGGUUGGAAAUGUAAAUGUGGGCCCACUUUGUAUAGCCCAUGAGCAGAUAUUAUGUUAUUAUGAAUCAAACAAACCCUUGGGCCAAAAUAUGGUCUUGGCAUUUCUUAGUUCUUAUUGGUUUUCUUUUUUUA